AUGGACAAGGAUAGCAAAGUCGUGAUCAUCGGCGCCGGUGUAUUUGGUUUGUCAACGGCUGUACAACUUGCCAUUGAGGGAUUCAAGAAUGUUGCGGUGGUUGACAGACAUCUGCCACCUGUUCCAGACGGAUCGAGCUGCGACAUCUCUCGCGUCAUACGGUUUGAUUACGCCGAUGAAGACUAUUUGAACGUUUCAUACGAGGCCUACCUCAAAUGGAGCAAAGAUCCAAAGUUCAAAGGCAUCUUUCAUCCCGCGUCCUACAUACUGACGGGUAGCAUCGGAGGAGAUCAAUCUUGGAUCGACAGGACGACCAGGCAACUGAGCAACAAGGGCUUGGCCUGGACCAAACUUGGUGAUGCUGCAGCCGCGAAGAGAGAAUUUCCAAUUCUUUCCGGUAAGCUUGCUGAGCCAGGGUUCAAAGGCUACUACAACGACGCAGCAGGAUGGGCAGACGCCACAAAGGCAAUCAUCCAGCUUCGAGAUGAGUGUCUUGAACUAGGCGUUUCAUUCAUUUCGGGCCCAGCUGGAACCGUGGUUGGUUUUCAUACGGACUCAGACAACAAGAUUCGAUCAGUCCAGACACUCGGAGGCAUGUCAAUCCCAGGCGAUCACUUUGUCCUGGCCGCGGGCGCUUGGUCGUCUAACCUAGUUCCAAUGUAUAACUCAACACUGGCGACAGCGCAGAUGGCGGUGCACGGAUGGGGCUACACUCGUACUCCUAGCAAGGGGGAAGCGUUGAUCGAGACAAACAUCUCUACGCCCCGCGUGUAUCCAAGUCGCGAACGCCCCAACUUCUGUCCUUCCGAGGGAGAAGAAAGGCUGCGAAACGGCCUUCGCGAGAUAUUGCCGGAACUUGCCGAUCGCCCUUUCGAAAAAGUGACCAUGUGCUGGUACACCGACACCCCAUCAGGAGACUUCAUCAUGGACUAUCACCCUGAUUACCAAAAUCUGUUUGUGGGAGGAGCAGUAAGCGGACAGUAA